UGGUUGAGAUCCUGGACGAGUCCCCAAUUUAUGUUACGACCUGUGUAGGAUUAGGAGGAAACACAAACACUUCUCUUUUUCUAUUUAACACAACUAAAACUAGAGUAAGUAAAGGCCAAAAAAUGGCCAGUAAAUUAGAAUCUUUCUAAUAAUUUUCAUGAGAAAAAGGCAAAAAUGAUAAGAAAUCAAAUAAUAUUUAUGGUUAAAGUUGCCGUGUUUAGCCACACCUGCCUACCCUUCUAGAAAGCACAAUCUGAACUUUGUUGUGCCAACUGUUAGUCAGAGCCAUCCUGUCAUGAGCUGCUACUUAUCUCUGCACAAGUGCAAGGAAAACAAAAUAUUCAGUGUAUAAUGGCGUUUGGUCAGACAGUGCUGACAUUGUGGAUUUUGAUCCAGUACUUUGGUGAGUAUAUCAUUUCUAUCAUUCAUGUAUAAAUAUAUUCCAAAUUAGUUUCUGAUGUAUCGCUGUUUCUUUUAUAACUAACUGCAAAUAUUAUGGAGUUUAUUGGGAUUAUGAUGUUACUGAGUUUCUUACCAAAGCUUUACAAGGCAUUGAAUGUACCUUCAAAUGUUCCCUUUGUCUUUGAUCAGACAUAGUGAGGUCAUGGCAAGCGGUUAUGGUAAAGCCUUCUGUGUUUGUUCGGUCUGGGUCUUUAGCCGAGCUUUCCUGCACGUAUGAUACACACGCCACAGAGGGUUUUACUCUGGAGUGGCGCUACUCUGCUCCUGGAAUGCCUGCUGUCCAAGCAAAGAGGGUGUUAUACUACAAUGGAAGGCUGUACUGGGUGAACUCCUGGGAGGGAAGGAUGACUCUAGUGCAGAACCCUCCAGUGAAGGGUGUUGCCUCUGUCAAAAUCAUCAAUGCUCAGUCCUCAGAUGCUGGCCUGUAUAUAUGUGAGGUCACCAACCCGAGUGACUGGUCCGGCAGUGGACAGGGUCUAAUCAACCUCACUGUGCUUGUGCCCCCAUCCAAGCCAGUCUGUCAACUACAGGGAAACACCUAUAUGGGGAAUGAUGUCACUCUGAGUUGCCAGUCCUCUCAGGGUCUCCCCACACCUAUUUAUUCAUGGCACAGAGAGCAGAAUGCAGCCCCAUUACUGCCAGACAGUUGCAUAGAAGAUCAGCGCACUGGUUCUCUGAUGUUACACAACCUGUCUGAUGCCUUCACUGGAACCUACACCUGUAGAUCCUCUAAUGAGCUUGGCCAGUCAGCAUGCAGCAUAAUUCUCAGAGUGGCACAUGGGGAAACCGCGGCUGUUAUCGGUGCUUUAGUGAUGGGAAUCUUUCUUGUUCUUCUGCUAAUUGGAGCAGCAGUCGCUUAUGUGAUCUGCAACAGGAAGAAGCAACUGAAGAAAACAUAUUCCAGUGAGCUUAGUCAGGUGAACAACAAUUCAAUACCUCAUCAGCAGACUGAAGGAAAUCAACCUACUGGCCAGUCGGUUACUGAGGAACAGAUGGACUUGAAGGUCUCCCACUUCAGUCCACUUGUUUAGAUUUAUCGCCCUGCCUUGUUUCAUAAAAUUUCCUAUCAGCAACUCUUAUACAUCUGUGGCUUGUUUGCACUAGCUUACUUUUUGUUAAGCAGAAAGUAAAAAUACAUUGUUUUUAGUUAAACUUUUAUUUGUUAUUCUAUAUUUUAUUCAACACUACUUUUACCGAUGAAUUAAAGACCCUAUGAAAUGGCUUGACAAGUAGUUUUCUUUCCUGUGUUGACGUAUUUGUUUUUGAAACAGGAAGUUUGCUUGGGAUAUAUCGAAGGGCUCUUCCCUUAAAAAAACAAAAAAAAAAAGACAAUAAUUUAGUUAUGUCACAGCCAUAAACUGUUUUUUCUACUUGCAAGUCUGUUGCAAAGGGACAUUCUCCUUCUAAAAUGCAUUUGAUUGGACAAAAAUAUGUAUAGUGCACGAUGAGUUAUCAAUAUUUUUGGUCCAUUUUUCCAAAAGAGAGAAGACUGUACAUUUUAAAUGCUUAUACCGAUUAAAGGGAUAGUUCACCCAAAAAUGUAAAUUCUCUCAUAAUUUACUCACCUUCAUGCCAUCCCAGAUGUGUAUGACUUUCUGUCUUCGGCUGAACACAAACAAAUAUUUUUAGAAGAAUAUCUCAGCUCAAUAGGUCCAUACAAUGCAAGUGAAUGGUGACCAGAACUUUGAAGGUCCAAAAAUCACAUAAAGGCAGCAUAAAA